CUGUGUGCCGGCAGCGGGGCCAUGGCCGGGGCAGGGAGCGCAGCGCGGAGGCUGCUCCAGCCCUGCAGCCCGCGGGGCAGCGCGGAGGUACCACAAAAGUAUCUGGCCCCUCUGGGAAAAGAGGGAGAAGCAGCUAAAGCCGAGGAGGAGCGACAAAGUGAGGAGCUGCUGAAACAGACGGCAGCCGAGAGGCAGAAGAUCGUCAGGGAGUGGCAGGAGCUGCGAGGGUGUCUGGAGGAGCAGGAACAGCAUCUGCUGGCCCGGCUGGAAGAGCUAGAGAGAGCCAUUGUCCAGAGAAGGGAUGAGGGCGUUUGCAGCCUGUUGUGGGAGAUUUCCCUGCUCAGCGAGAGGGGAGGAGAGAAGGGGCAGCAGCCGCUGAGCCAACCCCUGCAGGGUGUUGGGAGCACUGGGGGCAGCAGGGAGGACAGGACAUUUUGGAAGCUAGAGCCGUCGUUUGCGGAGCUGGAGAAGAGACUCAGCGAUUUUUCUCUGAAAAGUGCCAUGCUGCAGGAGGUGGUGCUGAGAUUGAAAGAGACGCUGCGACGGGGGCUGGGGAGCGACACAGGUACGUGUCUGUCUCUGACUGGCCAUGGGGAGAUUUCAGACCAAUAACCAUAUUAACGACAGGGAAUCACAGCCUCCAGCACCUGGAAGCUGUGUAACAAUGGGAAGGGAUGUUACUUUCUUCUUGCACCACUAUAUUUUCAACUGACUUGUCUCUUAAAUAUUUUAGCUCAACAAUAUCACAUAAGCAUUUAAAGUGUUUUUCAGUUUUUUUUAGUACUCAUUUUUUUGCCUUUGCUUUCUUUAAUUAUUGCAUUUUUAACACUACAUUAAAUUUAAGAAUUUUAUUUUGCAGUUUUAAUUGCAGUAAUAUUAAUAGUGUUUUUAAUUAAGUUUACAUAGUCUGAUUUUAAAGCUUUUUUUUAAAGACCACUAAGGUCUUUGACAACUUUUCCUGUGUUUGAGUGGUUGCUUGACACUUUUUGAAAAAAAAUACAAAGGCUGAGGUUUUUUUAAACAUAUUUAUUUGAAAGUUUGUUAGUAUAGUUAGAGUUUUUAAAAAAAAUACAGACUUUUUUUGUUGUGACUCUAAAUUGGUAAUGUAUUCACAUUUUUAACCUAUAAUUAUUUUAGUGCACUAUUUACCUCUUGUGAGACAGGUUGUAGCUGAUUUUUACACUUUAAAUAAAUAAAACAGCUAUUAGCAUCUAA